AUGAAAGACUUACAACGGUUAAACAGAAGGGUAGAAACAAUAGGGGGUGCCAUUUCAGCGGGAAAAGAGGAGAAAAAGAAAGAAGUAGGAAAUCAAGAGGAAACCACGAGGGACAGCUGGCAUAAUGAAAGACUUACAAUGGCUAAACAGAGGGAUAGAAACAAUGGGGGCGCCAUUUCGGCGGGAAAAGAGGAGAAAAAGAAAGGAGUAGGAAUGCAAGGAGGGCAGUUGGAGGAGGAAGGGAGGGAGGAAGCAUGCUGGAUGGAGAAGACAGAGAAAAAGGAGGAUUUAGUGGAUUUGGUUGAAGAAGACCUCUGGACAGGGGAAUGGGUGGAAUUUAAAUUUCCUCGAGAGAAGAACUUGUUGUUUAAAGAAGACAAAUAUGGCGCUGUUUCUGUGAAAUCAGAGACAGAUGUUGUUGUUGAAAAAAACCAUGAAACCUUGUUAAACCAUAAAUAUGUUUUAUUAGAAAAUACUGAAGUGGCCGAUUCAUCUUUGCAUCGAGAUGUCACAUUCGGAGAAGCGGGGGCUGAAAAUGAUCACACCAUAUCCCAAGACGGUGCCUGCUCACCUCCUCCUGCCCUCGCUGUUCCUCGAGGGGCUUGUCCCGGGAGGGGGGGGCGCGCAAGUGCUUCAAAAGUUUCCCCGCGGCGAUCCGAGCGUUUGGCUUCGUCGCCAGGACGUCGCCUUCCCCCUUUGUGCCGGGCAGGGGGCGGGGGGGUGAACUUGGGUGCUGCUCGGAGAAGCCAACGGCGCACCCCACCCCGCCCUUGCUUGGAGAGAAGAGCGGGCGCAGAACGGGUCUCGGCAGCGGCUCGAGAGUCCCACCGGUGGGAGACCCUCGGCCGAGAGUUGGAGGGAGCAAAUCGGCCUGAAUCCCGCCCUUCUUGGUGGGGGCUUGUUUUGGGUGCUGCCCGUCCAAAUCGGGGGCUUUGGGGACGACCGGGUUGGGGAGCCCGACGGCGGCCGAUCCGACGCGGGCGGUGCCUGGAGCGCCGCCCCGAAAUUCCCCCUUCCCCUGCCUUUCUUCUCUCCGCAGACCGGCUCUAUUUUGCGACUUUGCGGAACCGACCCAAGAGCACGGCGAACACCCACUACUUCUGCACGGACGAGGAGCUGGUCUAUGAAAAUUUUUAUGCAGAUUUUGGACCUUUAAAUUUGGCUCAGUUGUAUCGAUUUUGCUGCAAACUAAACAAGAAAUUAAAGUCAUUCAGUCUAUCAAGAAAGAAAAUAAUUUAUUACACCAGCUUUGACCAGCGGAAACGAGCAAAUGCAGCAUUUCUAAUAGGUGCAUAUGCUGUAAUGUAUUUGAAGAAAACACCAGAAGAAGCUUAUCGGAUACUUCUGUCUGGAUCUAAUCCACCCUAUCUUCCUUUUAGGGAUGCAUCAUUUGGGAACUGUACAUAUAACCUAACUAUUCUGGACUGCCUGCAAGGAAUAAAAAAGGCCUUACAGCAUGGAUUUGUUGACUUCAAGACAUUUGAUGUAGAUGAAUACGAGCACUAUGAGCGAGUAGAAAAUGGUGACUUCAACUGGAUUGUCCCUGGGAAGUUUUUAGCAUUUAGUGGACCACAUCCAAAGACCAAGAUUGAAAAUGGAUACCCUUUGCAUGCUCCCGAAGCCUAUUUCCCAUACUUCAGGAAGCACAAUGUAACAACAGUCGUAAGACUCAACAAAAAGAUUUAUGAGGCCAAGCGAUUCACAGAUGGUGGGUUUGAGCACUACGACCUGUUUUUCAUAGAUGGGAGCACGCCGAGUGACAGCAUACUGAGACAGUUCUUGAGUAUCUGUGAGGAAGCUGAAGGGGCCAUUGCUGUACACUGUAAAGCUGGGCUAGGAAGAACGGGAACACUGAUAGCCUGUUAUAUAAUGAAACAUUACAGAUUCACACAUUCUGAAGCGAUUGCUUGGGUACGAAUAUGUCGCCCAGGUUCUAUUAUUGGACCUCAGCAGCAUUUUCUGGAAGAAAAGCAGCCCAUGCUGUGGGUUCAAGGAGACAUCUUCCGAUCCAAACAGAAACCAAGAGGAGUAGAGGAAGAUAGCGUGAACAGAGUUCUUUCUGGCUUGGAAGACAUUUCUAUCAGUGGGACUUGGAAUAAAGUGGAAAACAUGGAUAAAUAUGGGGAGAAUGAUUUGGAAGACAAUGCAGAAAUAGAAACUAAGAAUGGUAUGACCCAGGGAGACAAACUCCGUGCCUUAAAACUUCGGAGGCAACCACGUUCAGCCACAACGGGAGCACUUAGGUUAGAAGAUAUGAAAUUGCACACCAGAUCAAUGUCCCAGCCUUUCAGACUGAAUAGCGCAGCACUUUCUCAAGGAUCUGUCUCUCCUUUGAAGUCCUCCAAAGUGAUGGUUUCUAUGUCACCUGCAGCAAAGAGAAUCAACAGACACUCUCCAUCCUCAAGCCCCAAUUUAAAAAGCAUUUCCAUAAACUCCAGGCUAGCCAGUUCUCUAGGGAACCUGUAUGCUGCUUCCGAUGAUGCGGAGAGCAAAAUGACAUCAUCGUCCUCUAGGACAGGUUAUUCUGUAAACCAAACCUCCAGUCACUUGAACGGCAGUGUACAGCUGCUGGCCAGAAAUUACCAUGAGCUGAACAACAACCUGUACAACAGGAGCGGCAGUAGUACCACCAACCUCAACAGCUAUGCCAAUUCUCCCCGCGUCCUGGCAGAGGAGCACAGCACCUACAGAUCCUUUGGCAGCGGGCUCGCUGCUUCUCCAGCAAGAUAUCUGAGUCGCUCCAUUCCUUCCCUUCAGUCUGAAUAUGUUCAGUACUAAAGCUUUGUUGCUUCGGUGAAAGCUGGACAGCUCUUAACCCGUUUUCUUCAAGGAGGAGCAAUGCUGAGGGAAACAAACUGCAGGAAGGAGACCUCCUCGUACACGAUUAGUGCUUAAGACAGCAAGUCUUGGUCUAACCAGAGACUUCAGUUAGUGACGCCUACAAAUGCACUGAAGUUAAACUUCUGAUUAUUGUGAUUUUGUGUACAGAUGCAAGAUUUUAACAUUGAGGACAUUUCUUAAUGGCUUUUAAGAAUAUGUUUGUAAUUAUGGUUCUGGAUACAGUGUUACAACAUGUAAAAGAUUUGGUUGUGUGUAUGUGUAUGCAUAUAUAUAUAUAUACUGUAUAUUUGUGUAAAACCUAGACUAUAUUUUGAGUCAGGCUUCAAUUUUUCUACCAAAAAAAUGUGUGUUUUUAAGUAUAUGAUUGUACAUUUCAAAUUAGUAGCCAGGGAGUAGCCUGGUAUUUAAGAUGGGCACUUUUUAAAGGCUGUGAAAUGCCCUGUGCAGCAGGCUUGUCCUUGUAUCUUCAGUUCAUGUCUUUUCCAUGGAAAGGGAAUAUAACUUUAAAUAAUGAAGCUGGUAAAAUUUUCAAGCUAUUGAUUGCUUUUCAAAGACAUUGCUGCUCUUACUUUUCCUAAUUCUAUAAUUACAUUCUGAAAGUUACCCAGAAUGUUGUCCAUAUUAGGGAAAGAGUUUGUGCACAGCAUAUACUGACUAAAUUUUGUAAAAGUUGCAUUUCUUUUGUUCUUGAUUUGUCUGGUUCUUUCAUUGCUUUAAUGCAGAAUUUUAGGCCGGGUGUUAGGAAGUCAUGUUUCCAUUGUAAAUUGUAGAUAUAUAUUGCAAAUUGUGUACACCUCCAUUAGUGUACGGUAUAUUUCAUAGAUACAGAGUUAUGCUGCCCUGCUCUUUAUCCUUGCAAUUAUAGUCCAGAAACAAUUAGGAAAAGGCUGUGUGGUUCAGUAUUAUAGAAAUGGAAGAGUUAGGUGAUACCUUUAUUGAAUCACUAAAGAAAUCACACAAAUUGCAGGCCUGGGUAAAAUACGAUUUCCUAGUGACUAAUGCCACCUUGAGGCAUUGGUUCUCAAUUCAGUUUAACUACUGAAGAAUUUUAGGUAACACUGUUUGGAAAAUGGUGUAACAGUACACAGUACACCAGAUCCAAAGUGUAAUAGUUGCACUUCCCAUAUUUUCAUUUGCAUGCAGUUCUUAAAUGUCAGUGUCAUUGCAUUUGAACAGCCACAUUUCACUUCACUUAAUUGCUUAUAUUAUGCAAAGAAAAAUCUCUGUACUCAAUGGCUCACUUGGGAGAUCAUAUCUUCUUAACAAGCAAAAGUAUGAAAAGUUUUGCUCACACAUUCAGCCUUUUGUGGCGCAAGCAAUCAAGCCAUAGUUUCUUGUUUCGUCCAGACUAAGAAAUUAUGCGUUGGUGACUUUUAAAUAGAUUGAACAAAGUUUAAUAUAGUUUCUAACUUCCGAAAAACCAUGUAUGGUUAAUGUCAAAUAUCUCAGUUCAACAUCUUAUGCUGUAAAAGGAAGGGUGAAGGAGCCACAUCCACAAGCAAAAAGGCACAUUUCUAGCUUAUUAAGCAAAUAUAUUAUUUCAACCGAAACCACUUAAUGCUGAGAGUACUUUUUGAUUAAUUUAAUAAAGAUUAAUACAAUUUUUAAAAAGAUGUUUUAAAAGUAAUAGCCCUGAUUAUGAUGGCUAAAUUCUUGAUUCCAGUUGUUUUAAUCACUGAAAGCAAUGUAAGUUUUUAUCAUGUACAUACAGUAUGCUGUAUAUUAGUGAAGAAUAAGCAAACUCUAGAUAAUUCUACCUCUAUAAAGUUUGGCAUUUAUUUUGUUACUAGCUUAGGGAGAUGUACUAUUUUUGUAAUGUAGAUGUAUAAAUGCUAAAGAGUAAUAAAAGUCAAAAUUAUGUACAA